UCAGUGUAGCCAAUUUACUCUCCUCACUCCCACAGAACAACUCCUGCUAAUAAUGAAAUGUGUAGGAUUCGUUUUUGGAUAUAUAAUAUUUGUAGGUUUAAUAUAUUAAUAUAAAUAUAGACAUAAUAAUUUAAUCUCAAUAAAAAAGGACGAUUAUGUGCUAAUUAAAAAACAAGAGUAAGCGAAAAAGUGCGGGAUAAAAUCGUUGCAUGACAUUUUUUACUUCUGCUGUGACGUGAGAUGGAGACAGGUCCGUGCACGAGUGACCUGACGUCAUAACAACGGACACAAAUUCCUACAUAAUACUACAAAACUUGCUGUUAUGACCGUUGUAAUCCUGCUUCUCUCGUCAAAUCGGCUUCUGAACAUUUCUUGAAAGCAGUUGGCCCCAAGGGGAAAGGAAAGGACUUGAAACAGAUAUUGCACGUUGCCAUAAGGAAAGAGAAGUAGGGAAGCAUGGCGAAGAAAAAGAAGAAAGGCAAGGGAAAGUCAGUUCCCAUGACAGAGGAAGAGAGGGAACUCUAUAUGAAGCAGAAAGCCUUAGCAGAGGAGGAGGCGGCAAAGAAAAAACAGGCCAUGCUUAUACAGUUCCUCAAGGAUAAGCUGCAGAAGGAGGAGAAGAACAGCGUGACCAACCAGCACAAGCUGACGGAGAAGUGGCGGGCGGUGUUCAGGCAGGCGUGCGCCCAGGAGCUGCGGCGCGACAUCGCCGUGCUCAGCCACACCUUCGAGAGGGUGCUCGGGCACAAGGACAGCAUCAUCAAGUGCAUGCUGUGCGACCUGAAGGAGACCAAGCAGCAGUCGGCGCACGCGCUCAGCUCCUACGUGCAGUGUGUGGAUCAGCUCCUGGACCAUCAGAAGGGCAGGGUGUCGUCACUGGAGCGCCAGUGGAGCAGCAUGCUGGAGAUCAUCGGCAAAGACUUCAGAGCGGAGAGACAACUGAUCCUGACUCAGCAUGAGAAGGAGUGUAAGUACCUGGAGGAGGUGAACUUUGCCAUUGACCAGUACUACAGUGAGGUGGACAGUGAUGUGCGACAGGACUUCCAGAGCACCUGCGUCGAUAUCGAAAAUAGGAACACAGAGGAGCGCAACACGCUGCGGGUCCAGCUGGAGGGGGACGUCGAGCUCCUGUGGAAUCAGGUCCAGCACACCGUCUGGAGCUACAGAGAGAGCACGGAGGACCAAUAUGUGGCCCUCGAGUCGCUGCAGGCCCACGACAAGCUCUGCGUCGACGAAAUAGAGCUCCACGUGAAGAAGCUCCACAAGCUGCAGGACUCAAUCGUGGCAUUGCGGGCGCGGCUCUCCUGCACGAAGGAGGAGUGCUUCUCGGCGCUGGGGGGCCUGCGGGCGGUCAAAGAGGAGGUGACCAUGCAGGGACAGCAGCUCAAAGUGCAGAUGUGCACCACCCGCGUCAGGGACAAGAACCAUCUCGCCAGCCUGGUCAAGCACUGCAACGCCACUUCCAAGAAGAUACAGGCCAUCAUACUCAAGGGGGAGAAGCUGCUGCGCCUGAUGGAGGCAUGCCGCAGGCUGGAGAAGGAGCGGGAGAAGGUGUAUUACUCCACCUCUCAGAGCGCCGAGGAGCAGGUCCUGCUCAACAGCCUCUGCAUGGAGCCCAUGUCUGAGGAAAUGGUCAAGAACAUUCAGGAGGUGUCUCCGCUGGAGAGCUUCUGGCACCGCUACAACGCGGCCCUGAAGGAGCACCUGUGCCUGCAGCAGGAGCAGGCCCGUAUGGCCGAGCAGAACAGGCACCUGCGCACCCAGCUCCGCAACUUCCUGGACGGCGUCUCCGUGUGCGACGACGUCCUGCGCCACAGCAACCCCCUGCUCAUCAUCAGCAAGCCGCAGGGCCACCGGGACAAACCACCACCGCUGCUCCCCGCGCCGUGCACCAGGCGCUCCAUCAGUGUGGUGCAGCUAACGUUCUAAACCACGCGCUGCAUCGUGGGUAGUCCGUCCCCCGUGUCCACUUCAUGGACGCACGUGGCACGCAUUCGCAGUGCACGGCACCGUGUGGCCUUCGCAGCAGGGGUGUGUAAUGGUUUUCAGAGAAAGGCUGGUGUGGGUACAGGAUUUUGUUCCACCACAAUGCUAAAACACCCAAUUCAGCUAGUCAAGUCUUCAGUCAAGGCCUUGUUUUUUAUUUUUAUUUUUAAAUCGGGUGCUGGUGCUGGGUAAGAACAAGUCUGCUUCCAUACUGGCCCUUCUGAAAUAACAUUGGACACCCCUGCUUUGCAGUGUGGGAGGUUAGGAAAACAGAUUUAGACUUCAUGGGGUCACUGGGUUUCUGAGUGAGAAAAGGCAGCUUUCCCUUUGAAAUUUAAACAACUUUGAACUCUCUGCUUUAUGCGAGAUGCAUGCACAAAAUGUGAAGGAAAAAGACAGGCAAAUCAAUAAAAAAUACCUCUAAUCUUUAA